AUGAAGACGCGUUACCCGGAAAAGUCCCAUGCUGAGGUAAUUGAAAAAGCAGAUGCCGUUGAAGACUUUGCAAGAUUAAGCAGCAAUAUUGUUGAGGACGAAAGAUUUCAGUUCAACGACAGCAUAUGGCAAAGAGAAAAAAAGGAAGAAUCCAAAAAAGGAAUUGUAUAUCUAUCACAUAUACCUGUAGGCUUGAACGUUUCGAAAAUUCGAGAAAUUUUUAGUAAAUAUGGUUCAGUUGAUAAAAUACAUUUAAAUAAAAUAAAAGAUGAAGAGAUUAACAUUGUGAAUACUGAAACACGUAACAAACGAGUAAAGUAUCAUGAUGGGUACAUCGAAUUUUUCGAUAAAAAAGAUGCCAAAAAGGUUGAAAGGUUAUUAAAUAAUCAAAUGAUUGGAGGAAAAAAGAGAAAAAAUUUAUUAAGAGAAAAGUUUUGGCAUAUUAAAUAUUUGAAGCAUUUUACGUGGAGUAAUUUGGUCUCUUCUGUGUUAUAUAGAAAUAUUUCAAGAAAAGAAAAACUCAAACAUUCUUUAAAAAUUAUGUACAAAACUUAUGAAGAUUAUUUAGAAAAAAUUAACGAAUCGGACAAAGUCCAUAACAGCGAAGAAGUAGCAAGCGUGGGGAGGACUAGGGUGAUUGAUAAAAAAAAGAAAAAAUAUAUAUACCUCAAAAAGAGCAUGAACAGAUUAAACUUUGUAACUAUAAAAGAAGAUCAAUGGACAGCUGGAGCAUAUGAGACGAGAGAGGCCGCAAAAGAACAGCUAUUGGCGGACGAGGAAAAUAAAAAAAAAAAUAAAAUAAAUGGCAAAAAUGAACGAAACAGUAUAAAUGAACGAAACAGUAUAAAUGAACGAAACAGUAAAAAUGAACGAAACAGUAUAAAUGAACGAAACAGUAUAAAUGAACGAAACAGUAAAAAUGAACGAAACAGUAUAAAUGAACGAAAUAGUAUAAAUGAACGAAAUAGUAAAAAUAAAGACAGCGCAAUUUCGCCUGACCUUUUGAAGUUGUUAAUGUGA